AUGUCAAUCAUCCAACAAGUCACCACGGCCUCCCUCUCCGACAACUGGCGCACCAUCAACAUCGACCUCCUCGACCCCGAAUCCUCCUCCAACUUCGACACAUCAACUCUCCACCCUCCCCUUGUGCCCGUUAGCGACGACGAGAUAAGAACGCUGGGUCAGCAGAUUAGACAGCUCAUGAGGGGCGGGGAUGCCGAAGGGGCGCUGAGAGGCGCAUUGGAGAUGCCACCUUAUGGAGGGAGCGAUGCUGUGAAGGAAUUACAUGCGGAAACCGUCAUCCUCGUCCUACAAUCUAUCAAAGCCUCAGAAAUGACGCCGAUAUUAAAGCGGAUCUUCCAAACGGAUGGUGGGAGCGAGGCUUUGGACGCGCUGAUGAAAUACUUAUAUAAAGGUAUGGCAGCAUCAUCAUCCCACUCACCUUCCCGUAGCUCCGCAAUCUCGCCGCAGAGCACCGGCGCGGGGUUCUCUCAAAUGGGUGGACGGCCUGCGGUUGCAAGUGAGAGCAGCACGAUGAGUGUUUUGCUCUCGUGGCAUGAGAAAGUUGUGGAUGUUGCCGGGUUGGGAUGUGUGGGACGGUGCAUGACUGAUUGGAGAAAGGUAUAA